AUGAUGUUCAUUUGCCUCAACCUAGCGGCACUCUUCGCGCUCGCCUCUCCAGCUCUCGCAGCUCCAGCCAUCACCGCCCCUUCAACCUUAUCCAUUCCCGUCAAAGAUCUUGUCAGCAACGACCUCGCCAAUCAUGAGGCCCAUCCUCUUUUCGAUUUGUAUACCCGCUGGCUUGAAACGGACAUCCACGGCUCUGUCUUUCGGCGCGACCUCAACGGCACUCUGGCUCAACACCCAACCUUGGUGAGCAUUGAAUGCCGUGAAGACCUCGAUACAUGCCUCCUCGCCAGUCGCAUGGCCAUUCCCUCUGGGCUUACACCAGCGAUGGUAGAGUCAAACUUCGGGAAACGCGGAUUUCUCUGGGAUAUCGGGAAACUCAAGACCGAGGUCACUUACAAAACAUACCACUGGCUCGAGAACGACGAGGGAGAAGAGGUGUGGUCUGGUUAUCAACACGAUAUUACUUGGGACUGGAGUUGCCAAAGCGUGUUGUAUGUUGCUGCCGGCAUGAGCUUAGCGAAUCACGGUAUGCAACUUGGACAAAUCAGUCCUGGUGUAUCUGCGCACGCCUGGGUCGAUGCGGUCAUUUUAUACAAGCCUGAGAAGCCCCGACACAUCGUCCAUCUGGCAGCUUCCUUCAGCUGCGGGCUAUUCAGCAACAAGUGCUGCGAAGCGUACUGGGACACAUGGUACAGAAUUGGCGGUAAGGAGUCGGUGCCUGCAGGCGAGACGACAUUUUCUUGUAACGCGGGCAAGCAGGUAGACAAGUGCGACCAGAAUUAG